AACUGUCCUUGAAUGCACCACACCCGGCCAAGGUCGGAGUACCGGCAACGGCAGAGCGAAAAGCAUGGCGAGGCAUUAAUCAAAACCGACAACAGACCAUGGCAGCGGGAGUCGGACCAGGCUAAUUCACUUAAGGCGAACGCAUUUACCUCUGCCGCAAGAGACAAGCACGUGAAUGGGAGACCAUAUCCCCCGGGCUCAGCGCACGCGCAGCGACGUCGGUAAUCAAGGAUCGGUUAUUCAGGGCACGCCGAGUAGAGCGACGCCUCUAGUUUCUCUUGUGUGUCGGUAAUGAAACAGUGGACGGACAACAAGCGCAUCAUCUUCGCCGCGGGCUGGACGGCAGUUGCAACAUGGCUCUUCUGUGGACGGCACUCCUGUGCGCGCUCCUGAAAGUCCACGGUUCUCAGGCGACAGCGUCUAAGGUGGUACCAACAGCGCGAUGGGCCGUCUCAGAGUUCCGACGCGGCCGCGCCUUGCUACAGGGCGCGGACACCGUGGACGGCAUCGAGAGUGUUACGUGGUGCUUCGCUGCUUGUCUUAAGGUGCCCACAUGUCGCGCCUUCAACUACGGCAAGGCCGGCUGCCAGAUGCUGCAGCAGGAGCUCUGCCACCAGGCUGGACUCAAGCUGACCGCCGAGCCACGUCUCAACUACUACGACUUGCAGGAUCGUGCCCUAGACGAGCGCAUGGGGCCACUGUGGAAGACGCCAUUCUGUUCAGAAGACGGUUUCUGCUCGCCCACGUGCGAGCCACUGCUGCACAUUCCACGCCUGAACGAGGCAUGUGAUCGAGACUUCGAGUGUCAGAUGCGCACGGGCCCGAUGGCGGUUUGCCGAAGGCGCUUGUGCAAAUGCGCAGAGGGUUACUUCAUAGCAAGCAACACGACGUGCGAGAAACUUCCGGUGGAUGGCUACUCGCUCUACCCGGGUGCUCUGGAAGGCGGCUACUUCCGGCUCUCCACAACAGAGGCCAACUUCAGCCGGGCCUCGUCCGAGUGCGCCCUCGACGUUGGCGCAGAACUGGCCUACGUAGCCGAUGGAGACACCAACCGCUUCCUGAGAGAGCUCAUGCGGCGCGCCAAAGUGCGCUCGGCAUUCAUCGGACUUACGGACGAGCAGCAGGAGGGCGUUUGGAUUUGGGUAGCCAACGGCCAGAAGCUGCGCACCACGCAGUUCUGGCGUCCAGGAGCUCCGGACAAUGCAAACGACGGCGAACACUGCGCCCAGCUGAGCAACGAGAUCGACUUCGGUUGGGACGACGUGACAUGCUCGACGGAGGCCCGCUACUUCUGUCAGCUGCCGCAUCCAAACUGACGCCUUCAUCGCGAUAACACCACGCGUUUCGAAUGUCAACCUGCAGCAUCAACCAUGUGAAAUACAUAUAUGU